UAUUUACUGCAAACAGCAUGUUAUGCAAGAGCAGCAGAAGCUGGGGAAGAUGAGAAAGUCUUACGGCAUCAAACGAUGGUAUCCGCAACAGGAAGCAUAUUCAAACCACUUGUUGUUGAGUCUCUUUGUUUGUGGACGCCAACAGUUUACGCACACUGAAAAUAUAGCACACAAGGCAUCAUUUCACAAUGGACAAACUCUUAGUAGGGAAAAGUGAAGAAGUUCUUAAUAGCAAGCCAGGUUGGAUACCACAAACCGACUCUGAAAAGGGAGUUUCAUUGCAGUCAUAUGAACAUGUACCUAUUGCUUCAAUCCCACCGAUGCAUGCUGCACAUGUAUCAACUCAGGAUUCCCCAUCAUCCAAACCGUCUGUCAGCACUGAUACUCUUUCAGAAGUUAGUGAAAGUAAAUCUGAUUCAGAUGACGGUAGGAAGGCACCAGGAAUGGAUGUAGUUCGCAUUUUGCCACCUGGUAUGGUAGCUUUGCCACAGAGGACAGAACGGCAUCGGCAUAGCGGACGGUUUCAGCAACCAGGUUAUGGAUCUUCAGAGCGACCAACAAGUGUGAGGCGAUCAGGACCUCCAGUGGCAUCUAAACUGAAAGAUCGCUAUUCUAACAUCUCAUCGGGGUCUUCACCACUUGUAGCAGCUGUCCAUUCUUCUCUUUCAGCUACUGAGGCAACAACUCAAGGGCCCUACUCAGCAACUGAGCCAGAGCUUUCACCAGCGGGGCAUGUAGACAUGCUGACAUCUACUGACGGUCGAAACUCGGCAAUCAACAUUGCAGGGAAACAAAACGUGCAGCCUCCCAAGAGAACAAUAAGCCAACAAGAAAAAGAUAUCCUUGACUCAAUGAUGGAUGAGCUGGCAUCUACACCUACUACUCAGCCUUCUCAAUUCUAUGGUCCUGGUCAAGCUGGUCAUGCAAGGAGUGUGUCUCUAAAAGGCAAUCGAUCUGGUUUGAAUGACGAAGCCACUGUUCGACCCUCCACAACUGAAGUCAUUUUUAGAAACAACCCUCCUGCUGCAUCUGUAGCACGGCAGUCACUCAGUGAAGAUCUUGAUGACAUCUUGAAACAGUUGGAAACAGAUGCAGAGAACUUAAGCAGCCUGAUGGACGUGGGAUGGGUAUGAGCUUAGAUGUAUUAAGUUAAUCACUCCUUGUUAUGCCUGUCAAUCCUGUUUGGUUAUAAGAGUAAGAUCUAUAUUUUGUAAUGGAUCCAAUUAUAGACUGGAAAUUGGACUUGCCUACAUGCUGUCGUGCUGCAACUGUGAUUUAGUUUGCUUUGUUUUUAGCUGCUAGAGUUUGUUGCUGAAAGGGCCGGUAUUGAUGUGAUUUGCUGUAAUGGUUGUUUGUAGCUAACCCUUGUACACUGUAAUUCUGAACUUGAUAAUUUGUAAGGAUUUACUAUCGUGCAAGUCUGACAGUUGUAUGCUUGUUGUAAGAGGAUUGUGUAGCUACUGCACUGGAUUUGAAUAAACAUUGAAAAGAAAA